CCGGUAGGUGCCGCAGCUUCGCGAGAACGGCGCUCACGAACGGCCAACGCAGUAGGGUUGAAGUCUCCGCUGGAAGACAGGAGUCACGAAAUGUUCCGCCUAAUGAUGUUGCUAGCGGGGCUCCGUGGCUUGCUAACGUCAAGACCCGGUUUUCAAAAUUCAUUUCUACAAAUUAUAUUUCCAGAGAAAAUCCAAGCAAAUACAAGUGAUAAUUCAAAAGUAGAAAAUGAACAGGUAUCCUAUAUUAUUCCAAUAGAUGAGAAACCGUAUACCGUGCAUCUUAGGCAAAGAUUUUUUUUAGCAGAUAAUUUCAUGGUUUAUUUGUAUAAUCAAGGAUCUGUGAAUUCUCAUUCUUCAAAUAUUCAGACUCAGUGCUACUACCAAGGAUAUAUUGAAGGAUAUCUGAAUUCUGUUGCCACACUUAGCACGUGCUCUGGACUGAGAGGAAUAUUGCAGUUUGAAAAUUUUUCUUAUGGAAUUGAGCCUCUGGAAUCUGCAGUUGAAUUUCAGCAUCUUCUUUAUAAAUUAGGAAAUGAAAACAAUGAAUUUGCAGUUCUUACUGAAAAUAACCAAGACACAGAACAAAACCCAAUGGACUAUAAUAUUUUUAUAAGUGAAAAACCAGAAUCAGCUGUUCCAGAUUUAAUUCCUCUUUAUCUAGAAAUGCAUAUCGUGGUGGACAAAGUUUUGUAUGAUUACCUGGGCUCUGAUAGCAUGAUGGUAACAAAUAAAGUCAUCGAAAUUAUUGGCCUUGUAAAUUCGAUGUUUACGCCAUUUAAAAUUACUAUUGUGCUGUCAUCUUUGGAAUUGUGGUCAGAUAAAAAUAAGAUCUCUACUGUUGGUGAGGCAGAUGAAUUAUUGCAUGCAUUUUUAGAAUGGAAAAAGUCUUAUCUUACCCUAAGACCUCAUGAUAUUGCAUAUCUAUUCAUCUAUAGAGAUUAUCCAGAUUAUGUGGGAGCAGCAUUUCCUGGAAAGAUGUGUGUUACCAGUUAUUCUGCAGGAAUUGCUUUGUAUCCCAAGGGGAUAACUUUGGAGGCAUUUUCAAUUAUUGUCACCCAGAUGCUGGGACUCAGUCUGGGCAUAUCAUAUGAUGACCCAAGGAAAUGUCGAUGUUCAGGAGCCAUCUGCAUAAUGAGUCCAAAAGCCAUGCAAUCCAGCGGUGUGAAGACUUUUAGCAAUUGCAGUUUGAGUGACUUUGAAAAUUUCAUUUCAAAUAUGGGUGCCCGGUGUCUUCAGAAUAAGCCACAAAUGCAGAGGGCUCCGGCAUCAAUCUGUGGAAAUGGCAGAGUGGAGGGAAAUGAAAUCUGUGACUGUGGUACUGAGGAACAAUGUGGACCUGAUAGCUGUUGUAAUCCUCGAACUUGUGUGCUGAAACCAAAUACACAGUGUGAUAGAGGCUCAUGCUGCAACAACUGUCAACUUAUGCAAGCAGGUGCUGUAUGUAGGCCCAUUGCGCAUCCUGAAUGUGAUGUUCCUGAGGUUUGUAAUGGAAGCUCAGGAAGCUGUCCGGCUGAUAUAACUAUACACAAUGGACACAAAUGUAAAGGAGGAAAAGCUUUUUGUUUUGAUGGAGGCUGCCAAGAUCUUGAUGCACGUUGUGAGAGCAUAUAUGGAAAAGGUUCAAAAAAUGCUCCAUUUGCCUGCUAUGAAGAAAUACAGUCUCAAACUGAUAGGUUUGGGAACUGUGGUAGAGAAAGAAGCAAAUAUAAAUUUUGUGCAUGGAGGAAUCUUAUAUGUGGCAGAUUAAUUUGCACCUACCCCUUUCAAACUCCUUUCCUUCGAGACGGUGCUUCUGUGAUUUAUGCUUUUGUACGAAAUACUGUAUGUAUAACUAUGCACUACACAACGAAAGGUGGAGAAGAUCCAAUGGUGGUCAAAAAUGGCUCUAUUUGUGAUACUGGGAGGAUUUGUGUAAAUCGUGAAUGUGUAGAAUCAAGGAUACUUGCAGACAGAUCAUAUGAGUGUUCACUAAAGUGCAAUGGACAUGGAGUGUGCACUUCUGAGAUGACGUGCAACUGUUCUAGUGGCUACAGACCUCCAGAUUGCCGAGCGCUCUCCAGAAUACCUUCCAGAUUGCCUGGGGGACAAGGUUUAAUCAAGGAAGGAGGUUUUGAGAAGGCUGGGGAGAAGCAGUGGCUUUUGGGUACCUACAUUGCUUUACCUGUUCUCGUCGUAGCAACCAUAGUAGCUGUUUCAUGGAAGCCUUUGAAAAAGUGGUUCAGCAAGAAAGAGGAACCCCAAAGUAGCGAAUCAGAAGGCAGCACUCACAGAAAUGCUAGCAGGUCCACAUCAGAAAGUAGUAGCCAAACAGAUACUGUCAGAUCAAGUUCAGAAAGUAGUGCCCAAACAAAUACCAGCAGUAACUAAUAAUUCCUUCAGAAGGCAAUGGAUAUUACUGGGGAUCUCCCUGAGAAAUGAAAAUGCAGCCUUUUCUCCCCUGGUCACAACUGAAGGAAGCAAUAAACCAAGAUGGACCAAUCUGCAGGAGCGUCUGUUUUCAUUUCCUUCUCCACCCCUGAGGCGCAGUUUUGCCAUUUCAGGGCCCUUGACUGCAGAUAGUCAGUCACAACUCCCACUGACUCCCUGAGCUCUUCUCCACAGCUCUCUCCACCACCCACUCGGAUUUACUGCCUGGGGCCCCAGAUGCUGGGGAUCUGCAUCACCUGCUCUCACUCAGGAAAGGGUCUGGGCACGGACUGUGUUCCUUCUCCGGGUCCUUCUCACUGGACUUGGCUGGCUGCAUGCAGAUCUCAGUUAAUGCAGUCAUUUGACCACCUCACCCUCCCCACAACCACAGAACCAGGGCUUCUCAGGGAAGCUGUGCUCCUUCUGGGGACUGUGCUUUACCUUCCAGGCCUCUCCCUCUGUUUACCACCUUUCUCUUGCCCCUCGGCUGGGUGACCUGCAGGGUGAAUCCCAGAAGGCAGAAGGACCCAGAGAGCUUGGGCUUGGGUCUCAGGGGCAAAGAUUAAUCCCUUAUCAGAGUUUGGUAUGAAGAUUGAUAAAUCGAGUUGGGAAAAAUAUCUCUCAUUUUCCAUUUUCUC